GCGGCGUGUGCUUGUCCUGCCUUGUUACGUGUUUGCUGUAAUAAUAUUUCCCCUUUAAGGCUGGGCUGAAGUUAUUUAUACUUGUGGGGUGGUGACAGGAACACAGAGCGGAGCAGGAGCCCUGAACUGCUCUUACCUGAUCUGCAGCAAAGGGGUGGACAGGAGGAAGGAAGCUCAGAAGAGGAGAAGAAGCAAGUGAAAGGAGUCCGAGAGGGGAAGAGAAAGCAGAGAGGGUACCCCUGGAGAGGACUGAGGGAGAGCAGCAGCCAGAGUGACAGAAAAAGGGGGAACAAGAGAAGGAGGAAGGAGAGGAGCAAAGAGGGAGAAGUCCUCAGGGAAAAGCAAGGGGCAGAGCAGCCAAAGGGUGCUACGUGGGCACAGCCAAGCGGAGCAGCUCUGGUGGCCCCUUCCCGGCUCUGAAGAUGAUGAAGAGGCAGUUCAAUCGGAUGCGGCAGCAGCUGUCCCAUCCCAACAUCAGCAGCCGAGCCCAAGAAGCAACUGAGCUCCUGCCAGAAGAUCUGGUGCAGAUCGAACAGAGGAUCGAGCCAGCCAAGCGAGCAGCUCACAGCGUGUCCAAGAGGCUCCAAGCCUGCCUGCAGGGGCAAUGUGGCGCUGAGAUGGACAAGCGAGUGAAGAAGCUGCCCUUGAUGGCUCUGUCCACGACGAUGGCUGAGAGCUUCAAGGAACUGGACACAGAGUCUAGCCUCGGGAAAGCCCUGGAGAUGGGCUGCUGCAUAGAGAGCUCACUGGCCAAAAUCCUGGCUGAGUUUGAGAUCACCCUGGAGCACGAUGUCCUGCAGCCACUCAACAAACUUAGCGAGGAGGAACUUCCCAUCAUCCUGAAGCGCAAGAAGACCCUCCAGAAGUUGAUUUCUGACUGGAACGCCAUCAAAAGCAGGCUGAACCAAGCUGCCAAGAACUCCAGUAACAGUGUUGGCACUGGUGCUGGCCCUGGGGCAUCUUCUGCUGCCAACAAACUGGAGAUCUUGAAGGAAGAGGAAGAGGAGGUGAAGAGGAAGGUGGAGCAGUGCAAGGAUGAGUACAUGGCUGACCUCUACCACUUCUCCACCAAAGAGGACAGCUAUGCCAGCCACUUCAUCAAACUGCUGGAAAUCCAAGCCCAGUACCACCGGCAGUCCCUGGGAUACCUGGACUCUGCUCUGGCAGAACUGAAGGAAAGCCACAGCCAGACAGAGCCCUCUGCCACUGCAGACAGCUCAGUGGCAGGGUACUAUGGUGUACCUCUAGAGACACACCUCAAGAGCUUGGGCCGGGAGAUCGCACUGCCCAUUGAAGCCUGUGUCAUGAUGCUGCUGGCCUCUGGCAUGAGGGAGGAGGGACUCUUCCGGCUGGCAGCGGGUGCCUCUGUGCUGAGGAAGCUGAAGAGCAGCUUAGCCAGUGGCUCCAACGCUCUGGAGGAGUUUUACUCAGACCCCCACGCUGUGGCUGGUGCACUGAAAUCCUACCUGCGGGAGCUGCCACAGCCUUUGAUGACCUUUGAGCUCUAUAAUGAAUGGGUCAAAGUGGCCAGCUUAAAGGAUGCUGACAGCCGUGUACAAAGCCUGCGAGACACCUGCAGCCACCUGCCCCGGGACAGCUACAACAAUCUGAGGUAUCUGAUCAAGUUCUUAGCCAAGCUGGCUGAACACCAGGAGGUGAAUAAAAUGACCCCCAGUAACAUUGCCAUCGUGCUGGGCCCCAACCUCCUGUGGUCACAGCAGAGCACAGGAGAUUCUGUGCAACUGGACUUGGCCUCAGUUUCCUCCAUCCAGGUGGUCAGUGUGGUGGAAGCCCUCAUCCAGAACGCAGACACUCUCUUCCCUGGAGAGACUGACUUCAACGUCUCGGGCAUGUUUAUGCCACCUGCAAACUGUGGACAUGGUGAGGCCACCCUUGUGGAAGAACUGUCCCCUGAGCCCCCUCCAACUGGCACUCCUACUCUCCUGGAUGGAGAGGUCACCUUGAAGGACCCUGAGGCCAAAUCCCAGCCUGUAUCUCUAGCAGUGACCAGACCAUCUCUUGAAGCCACAGGACCACCAGCUCUGCAGAAAACUGAUGACAGCACCCACAAAGGCAAGCGCCCAGCUCCAGCCCGACCCAUGAUGCCACCACCCACGGCCCAGCCUCGGAGCACAGUUCCUGCCCCAGCAGCCCCUGAGCACACAACCAGCCCCAAAGCCCGGCCACGACGGACAGCUGGGCUGCCCAGCCGAGCCCCUUCUGUCCCACCACCGCUGCCUCCCCAGCCAGCACGGCGCCUGAGCCGAGAGGCUCCGGCCUCCCCUCGGCCUCCCACUAGCGAGGUCGAUGUGGUGGCUGCUGCGGACUGUGCCCUGAGAGACACGGAUGAGGGACAGCCACUGCCUUCAGGAGAAAGGAGCCCCCCAGCCACACCACCACCAGCAGCACAGCCUCUGGAGAACUGAGCAGGGUGGGGGGGCACAGAAGCACCGCAGGGCCAGGAAGAUGGAGUCCAGUGCCCUUCUGGAACCCAGCAGGCACUGUGGAUGCACUGGAGUGGCAUGAAGGACAACACACCCCUCCACCUUUUCUAUCUUGCUCUGCCUGACUCCUCUCGCUCUCCCAUACCCACAGAGCCUUCUUCUUGCACCAUCAGUCCCUCUGCCAGGGUCUGCCCACUCCUACGGGACGCAGGUUCCUGUCCAGAAUCCCUCUCCCGCGGGUCAGCCACCCCUUCAGGUCCCCAUGGGGUCCCAGAGGGUAGGAAGAGGUGACACAGGGCAGUGAAUUCUGGGGUGGCAUGGGCAGCUCGGCCCAAUGGGGCUGUUUGCAGGCUCAGAGCCACAAACCCAGCCUUUUCCGCCCCACUUUGCCUUAAAACGUGCGCCCUCCGGAAUACAUGGGCACAGGCAGAAAUAAGCAAAUAAAUACGUUUUGCAACUUAA